AUGCCCCUCUUCUCGCGGAAGCAGGGCGACGAUGAGGAGAGGCGUGAAGGCCAGAACCGGCCCCGUGCCGACGACGACGACGAUGCCGAGCAGCCGCCUCCCGACGAGCACACGCGACUGCUCCCCAACCGCGUCGACUCGACCCCCCCGCGCGGCAUGCUCACGCCUGACGACCCGGCCGUCUCGCCGUACAAUCUCUGGAGCAUCCGCAUACUGCGGUAUCUGACCCUGCUCUUCACGGCUGUCACCUUUGCGUGGUGGGUCGUGCUGCUGGUGUCUACUUUUGCGACGCCUCCGGGCCUGCACACGCGUGGCAGUGGCUUCUUCGCCUUCAGCUACACAAGUCUCGCCCUUGCCAGCCUGCUCUUUACGCUCGUCUUCUUUGGCGUGCCAUCCAAGGCCGUCAGGAUACUGGCAAUCGUCAUGGCGUUCUUCUUGCUGCUCGACAUGAUCCUCCUGCUGUGCGUUCAGCAGACGCGGUACGAGGAAGGAUGGGUCGGCAUCGUGAGCGUCGUUUGGGUUCUGCUCAUGAGCCUUUGGACCCUGCUCACCGACCGAGCCGUCAAGUGGGGCAAAGAGGAAGAAGAAGAGAGACUGACGGGCCGGGCUGAGACGAGGCGGACUCUGACCGAAUGGCUUGCCGUUCUGCUCUCGACCAUUGGAUACUCUGUCAUGGUCGUUGCCGUGGUGCUCAUCACUCUGACAAUCAUUCUGCGAGCCCUCGACGCCGGCGUUGCGCCGCCGGGCAAGCUCUACCAGGUGGACAACGGCAAGUAUCGCAUCCACUUAUACUGCCAUGGCAACGAAACGGACGCCGACGGACACAAGACGCCGACCGUGCUCUUCGAGGCCGGCGAGAGACCGUUCGAGGAACAGCUGUGGGGAUUUGCGGAUAACGCCAUCAAGAACGGAUCCAUCUCGCGGUAUUGCUUUGCGGACCGGCCAGGCAUCGCAUGGUCCGACACUGCGCCGUCGCCGCUGUCGGCAGGCUUCGCUGUCGACGUCCUGAGCGAAGCGCUCGCCGAGGCGGGAGAGCAGGGGCCGUGGAUCCUCGCCAGCGCGGGCAUCGGGUCAAUCUACUCCCGCGUCUUCUCAUCUCGUCAUGGCCAUGACGUCAAGGGCCUGCUCCUCAUCGACCCGUUGCACGAGGACUUCCUCGGCGCCGUGGCGCGACCCGGCCGAGGCUUCUUGCUGUGGCUGCGCGGCAUCAUAUCACCCCUGGGGCUGGACCGGUUGACGGGCGCCAUCUUCCGGGGCCGGACCAACAGGGACCGCAUCUACGGGCGGGCGUCGCAGCAGAGGGGCAAGUUCAUCUUUGCGCAGCUGCAGGAGAGCCUCGUGGCCGACUCCUUCACCAAGCGGGACGUGCGCAGCAGCCGGCAGAUCCAGGAACGCGACAAGCCGCUCGUCGUCAUCAGCUCGGGCAAGGAAGUCAAGCGCAGCAAGGCGUGGGAGGAGAAGCAGAGGGACCUGACGGAGCUGACGGACGAGCUGCGGCACUGGGACAUUGUCAACGGAGCGCCGCAUCGGGUGUGGGAGACACUCGAUGGGAGGCAGCAGAUUGAGAAGCGGCUGCGGCAGCUGGUGCAGGACGAAUAG